CCGCUCUUCAUCUGCAGCUUCCCAUCCUUUUAUUAAUAAAUGACGGCCGAAGCUUGGUGUUGUCUGCGUGCGCAUUUUACGAAGCCGAAUUGCUUUAGAACAAGCACGGAAAGAUUUCAUUGCAAUGGCAGGGGAGCAGACACAUAACAGCCCUUUAGAACCGUUUAUUCUGCUGGCCAAAAACACAAAGGGGGCAGCGCUAAUAGCCCUUAUUAAUCAGCUGUUGGAGGCUCCAGGGGUUUACGUCUAUGGAGAGUUCCUGGACCUGCCUCACGUCCAGGAGGUUUCCAAGGGUCCUAACAGGGAAUAUUCCCAGUUAUUAAAUAUAUUUGCUUAUGGAACUUACCUCGACUACAAAGAAAAUGAAGUCAACCUUCCUCCACUGACAGACCUCCAGAAGAACAAACUGAGGCAGCUAACCUUUGUCAGUCUGGCUGGUUCUAUGCAGUGUAUCCCCUACUCCAUGCUGCUUCAGGACCUCGAGCUGAGAAGCCUGCGGCAGCUGGAGGACCUGUUUAUCGAUGCCGUCUAUGCUGACGUAAUCCGUGGGAAGCUGGACCAGCGCAGGCAGCUGCUGGAGUUGGAAGCCUGCAUUGGCCGGGAUGUCCGACCCAGGGAGAUGGCUCACAUUGCCCGCACCCUGCAGGAGUGGUAUGCAGGAUGGAUCAGGAAGAGAACAGAUAAGGGGAACCUGGAGGCAAAUCAUGGCUGUACUCUGCUGUCUAGUCCUAAUGAUGUUUUUAAGUGUAGCAGCUGCUGGACUGUAAUGAGUGCCGUGGAGUUGCAGGUCGACAGGGUCAGCCAGUUUCGAGCAAGGCGUCUCCGGAGUUCAGCAGCUGAUGAAGGCUGAAAUGAGGGCGCAUCGUGGAGUGGGGGCUAAGGAUGCCGGCCUUUACGUUAUUGUGCCAAAUGUUCAAAUUAUUAGUAGUUAAGAAAUGACAAUGGUGACUGAUUUGUGUGAUGUCUGCCUGGUUUUAGGCUGGCCGUCUAGGGGUCUGACAUCCAGAAGUUACUGAUAACCACACCUGUAGUAAUGCCCCAGAAUAUGGACUGCUCUGUAAAACAGGGGGGUACAGCACAGAUUGCUGGCCAUCAUUAAGGACGGUAUCCAAAGAGAAUGGGCAGACACAUCUACAACAAUAACCAAUUGGCCCUUUGUGGGUGGGGGGGGGAGAGAGAGUUGUAUUUCAUAAACAAUUUUUUUAAUGGAUAUAAUAAUCAAACUACAUUCUAUAUUGGUGGGUUCAGUCAGAAUAUAAUCUUUAUUUUAGUUCUGAAGUAGUAUAAGGUUUGACCACUUGAUUGGUGAUAGUUUUGUGUUUCUAAUCUGACUUUGAAUUAAUGUGCAAGUCUUUGUAAUGUUCGUCCGUUUGCAUAUUAACGAAGCUGCAUCCAGAUUGCAUCGUACUGCUAUGAGCAGAGGCUACACUUAAGUUUGACUCGUAUAUUAAGUAGUCUAAUCUUAAACUUUUUCUUGUCUUGCAUUUUUUUUUUUAAUCUUUCAAAAGUUCCUGAUUUUUGUGUUGCCGCGGUUAAAAUUGUAAUUUGAUCGGAAUGCUUUGCUUAAUCAAGUUAAAGGCAGAUAACGCUGAAAUUCUUUUUUUUUUUUGGGGGGGGGGGUGGAUUUAAAUGUAAUUUUGUUCCUCGGACAUAUUUAUGAGUUGUCAUUUUUGUUUGAUAAUGGGCAAAUAUCUUUAUGAGAUAAUAUGAAAAAGAUUGUUUGUUUGAAUAAAAGAGUGGCCUUUU